CGACGCCGACGACGCUGCCGCCGCCGCUGCUGCUGCUGGUUUCAGGAAGCGGAAGCAGGAAUGUCGGAGUGAAGUGAAGUUGAGAAAAGUUUGGAGAUAAGACCAAAGAAGUUUCUUUUUCGAGGGGGUGGGUCCGCCGAGACACAAACUGCGGAGCAACAUGUCGGUUUGUUACCUGUUGCUGAUGUUACUGUAGCCUUGUCAGUCUUCUCUGACUGGCUGAGCCCGACCGGACACCCCAGACUGGCGGACGAGGAGAGUGGAGCUCUGGAAAUGGACACCAGUGCUGCUGCAGAUCCCAGAGUGCAGUCAGACUGCAACAUAGCCUGUCUGCGGCGUCGGGCCUGGGCCCAGAGCAGAGACUCCGUCUGGGCUGAAUCGGAACCGGAGAGCUGUGGCCCCCAGGGGCCCCAACAGAGCCGGAGUGGCGGGGAUGUGCAGAGACCCUCAGAAGAACCAGGGCGAGUUCCCAACAAGAUCACAAGCUGGCUGAUUGAAUGCAGGACUCCCCUUGGAGCCUCUCUAGAUGACCGGAGCGCUUCUCCGAGCAGAGGAGCGCCGAGGAACGGCUGCAGCUUCGAAGAUGACCUUUCACUGGGAGCUGAAGCCAACCACCUUCAUUCCAGUAACAAUAAAACUGAUUCCUGUUUUGGUCUUGCGGCUGAGCAGAAGAGGAGUCAGUAUAAAGAGAAAGGAAGAAGUAUGAACUCCACUGGAUCUGGGAAGAGCAGCACUGUGUCCAGUGUGUCGGAGCUGCUGGACCUGUACGAGGAGGACCCCGAAGAGAUCCUGCUGAAUCUCGGUUUUGGUCGCGAGGAACCCGACCUGUCCGCGAAGGUUCCCACCAGGUUCUUCAACAACACCUCCUCAGCGCGAGGCAUCGACAUCAAGGUCUACCUGGGAGCCCAGAUGCAGCGUAUGGAGCUGGAGAACCCCAACUACGCUUUGACUAGUCGGUUCCGUCAGAUCGAGGUGUUAACCACAGUAGCUAACGAGUUCUUCCAGCUCUACAGUCAGGUCUCUGGUCAACCUGUCGAACGCAUCAACUCCAGGGACGGAGGAGGAGAAGUAGGAGGAAGAGGAGGUGGCGACGAGUCGACUCCCGUUCUGAAGAGGAGCAACUCGGCCCUGAACGUCGCCAAGCUCCUCAAGAAAACCAUCAGCAAACACAACCUGCUCGCGGCCGCCUCCGAGUCGCCUGAAGCGCAAACACCUAAUCAACAAACGCGGCUGAACGGACACACCCCCUCUGAUCACACGCUACACACUAACGGUCAGGCACACGCGGCUCCAGAGCAGGAAAGCUGCAGCACCGACCCUGACCACCAGGCGGACGCAGUCGGACCGAAACACCAAGAAAGUCCGCAGAAACCGUCUUUCCGCAAGAAAGAGACCUGCGCCUUGGCAACGGUUACCGAGGAAACCAACGGGGAUGGUGAGACGGAUUGGCUGACAGACGACAGUCCUGAGCAGAGCGGCACCGGCGGAUCAGCAGCCAAUAGAGAGCAUCAGCCAGAGUCAUCUGAUCUUCAGUCUGCCAAUCAGCGAGCAGACGAGGCAACUCAGGUGGUCAAAGAGGAGAAGAGCCUGACCUCAACCCCGGUGAAGGUUCCUCCCUCCCUGGUCCCACCUCAGCUGGCGCAGCUCCGCACUGAGAACGCAGACUCCUUCGAUAUGGAGGAGAUCCAGAGUAACGAGGACGAGGGUCUGCCAUCCAGAACUUCCAGAGACGCUGAUCUGUUGAGGACUGUCAGUCAGCAGUCGGACAGCAGUGGUUUUGCUGAGGAGCCCUCGGCCGACUCCAACAGCUACCUCAAGGUGCAGGAAAGUAGCGACAGCUGUGACAGUGAGACCACCGUGACAUCGCACCCGUCACAAGAUGUGGCCACGCCCCUCGCACUGGACCAGCCGGCGUUCGAUUUGCCAGAUGUCAGUGAGGAAGCACCAGGGCCCGGUGUUGCCGGGGAGGCCGACGGGACGGGUAGCUCCAGGAAAGAAGACGAGCCCGACGGGAGUUCAGAGGAGGUUCUGCAGUAUACAUCUCACCAUUUCCCCAGGAACACUCCAACAGCAAUGCAGCAGGAUGAGACCCAGGAUGAGACCCAGGAGGAGGUGGAGGUGCCAGCUGAGGGAGGGGACAGGACUGAUCCAGAACUAGAACCAGAACUAGAACCGGAACCGGAACCUGAGAUUCCCCAUAGCAUGUCUGCAGCAGAACACGAACCACAACACACUCAGAACCAGACCGAGACCGCCACGGACACGGAGCCGCACACAGAGGGAGUGGAAGCUGAGGACAAGGCCCAAGAAGAGCACGCAUCCAUGGACCUUUCUGGUCUUUCCUGUCUCCCUGCUCCGUCCUCUCCGGUCCUCUGCGCUCUGAACCGAGCCAAACAUAACCACCUGAGCAGGGCGGGGCUGCACGUUGACCUCAACCCCAGUGAGAGGCCCCAAACCCUGGGAAGAGGACAAGGAAGACGUCGCUUCCCCAUGCAGAGGUCCUCCUCUCUGCCCUCCUCGCUCCUCUCCCCCUCCAGGGUCGUGUCCUCUGUCAGGAUCCAGUUUGGGCGAGGCGACGCGUCCUGUACCCAGCCCAGGUACUCCUUCAGAUACACCCAGGAGGACGGAGAGGAGGUGGAGGAUGAGGAGGAGGAAGGACAAACAACGUGUUUAUCUACUCUACUCAUAAACCCUGCGUCCAAGUCUGGCUCCAACAAACAACCACCAAGGCUUCCCACAGACACUCUUGUCCCACCGAAACCCAUCCCACGCCACCUGAUGAGGUCAUCCUGCUCCCUGAACUGCUCCAGCCCUCCUCCCGAUUGGUCACCAGGAGGCAGCGCCAACUCCUGGAGCUCCCAGAGCAUCUCCGACCUCUCCUCAAAUCACCAGCUGCCGGGCCACUCCCAACAAAAAAUGACCGCCAACCAAAACCAGCAAAGUUGGAAUCCGGGGCAGACGAUGUUUUCUUAUCCCAGUCCCACAGCUCCAUACAUAAACCCUAGUCCAAGUCCUAGUCCGAGCCUCAAUCUCAGCCAGUACCCCUUCGUUCCCAACCCUCCUUCGCAGUACCCUUCCCAGUUCAAUCCAUACGCCAGUCUCACCAACCUCCAUCACCAGCACAAUCACUCCUUCAACCACCAUUCCAGUCUGACCAGUCUCCACCAGCCUCCAACUUCCACAAUCCCGCGGCAUGGCAGCCUCUCCAGUUUGCAUCGGCCGCAGACUUCCAUAGCUUCUCACCACGCCAGUCUGGAUAACCUGCAUCACGGAACUCCGAUGAUGCACCACCAGGGCUACAACCAUCCAUGUGGUCAUCAGUCACCUUACCACGCUACUCUUGACGGCUCACAGUAUGCCUCGCCCUACCUUGGUUACCAUGGCUACAACACAAACCCACACCAGGCGUUCCCCUACCACGUUGCCCAGGGUCCGCUGUUUGCCCCGGAGCACGGCCUCCACCCGGGUCGUGGUCCUACUCCCCCAGGCUUCCUCCCAGGCCUGGUCUCUGCCUUCGGCCAAGGUCACGGCCUCCACCCGGGGCUCGCCCCUCCUGCCGCUCCAGGUCCCGGACCCAGCCAGGUCCCGUCCAGCACCGAGAUGCAGCUGAGGAGAGUCCUGCACGACAUCAGGGGAACGGUGCAGAGUCUGAGUCAGAACCGAGCCGACACUCCAGACACCUUCAGUGAGCACACAGCAGCUCCGUCCAGCCACCAGUCUUUGGCAGAGUUUCAGCAGAGGAGGCGGAGUCUGAACUUGUUCCGCAGUCAGAUGAUGGAUCUGGAGCUGUCAAUCAUGCGACAGCAAGCCCAGGUCUACAAACACCUGAGUCCCGCCGACAGGUUGGAGGUGGAGCAGCUUCAGUCUCUGAGAUCAGCUGUCAGAGAGGAACUGCAGGAGUUGGAGCAACAGCUGGAAGACAGAUUGACACAACACAGGGGUCUCCAUAGAGACAGUGUUGACAGUCUGUCCACCGCCUCUGCACUUAGAGCCAUGGAGCCGGUGUCGGAUCUCCUCGGAGAGCAGCUCUUCCUCCGAUCAGAGCUCAGCUACGACGACCACACUCCCUCCACCAACCCCUCCUCCCGAUCGUCCAGUCCAGUCCGAGGACGGAGAGGUGAGCCGAGUGAGCAGAGUCAAGGCGUGUACCGGGCGUCGAUCAACAUAACCCCUGCCCCCCCUCCUCGACCCAACACUCAACCAGAGGAAGAGGAGGAGGGAGAGAGGGACGAAGGAGGAGGAGGAGGAGGAGGAGAGGGAGGUGGAGAAGUUGCUGAGGAGGAAGGAGCAGCAGCAGCAGGAGGAGGAGGAGGAGGAAUCAGAGUGGAGAACCUGCAGCAGCUCAUCAGAGAGAUCCGAGAGAGCGUGGCGCAGGAGGUCCGACGGGAGAUCUACAGCGAGCUGCUGGCUGCCGUGUCGCCGCGGCAAUCGCCGCUGCCCACCAGACAACACCCCCUGUAGCCACGGCAACAACAGCAGAGCACCGCCUUCGGCCUUCAGCCCUUAGUUACCACAGCCUGAGCAGCACCACUGUCUUGUCUGUAUCACUGUAUAGCUGAGUAACACUGUCUGUGUGGAACACUAUGUGUCUGUAACACUGUAUGUCUGUAACACUGAUGAUGAGAUCAACGCCUACACGCGAUGAGCCCCGCCCACCUCCCCCGUGGCCCGGCCCUGCUCGGAAUGAGAACGCUGGUCGGUGAGAGGUGGAGGCGGAGGAGCCUCAGACGGGACGAAGAGGGGACGCCUCCCACGGUCUAGUUGCUUUGACUGAGGUGGUCUGAUGCAUGCUGGGAACGCCAGUCUGGACCAGCCUGUUCUCGCCGCCUCCUCUAGCAUCAAUUUUCCUGUGAGCCAUCAGAAAUGUGUUUUUUUUUGUUUUUUUUCCCCCCACACCCUUUAUCCUUUUUCUAAAGUGUAGUGAUCAAAUGCCAGGUCUAAUACUACUACUACUGCCACUAAUACUAUGAAUACAACUGAUAGUACUGCUAACAGUUCUGCUAACAGUACUGCUACCAUCGCCACCACUACUAACCCGGGACCCGAAGGUGUCAUGAUCGAGUUCUUGAGUUGCGGUUGAUCUCAGUUUGGAUCAGGACAUUAGCAGAAUUCAUGUCCUGAGAUUUCUAUUUUCCCGCUUAAUACAGCUUCACUAUAAUAAUAAUAAUAAUAAUAAUAAUAAUAAUAAAAAUCCGUAACUGAAAAAAUAGGGAUUGCUCAAACUGUGGCUAAAUCUGUCUGUGUACAGUAGGACACCGUUUUUCAAUUAUGCACCAACUCAUCAGGGUUAAAUGUAGACGGUCUUGACUCUUCAGAGCAAUUAAACAGUUGGUUCACUCAAAUUAUUUAAAAUAUUUGAUAUUUCCUCUUAACCUUAGUUACAGUUUUUGAACUAACUGCCCGUCAGAUUUCUGUCUACACCUCAAUACAAUACAGAAAGAUUAGAUUUAGUUGGGGUUUUUUGCCGCUUACAGCUUUGAAAGAUGAUAUUUACAAGAUCUCAUGUCUAUAUUAUUCUGAAUAAUCCUCAAACGAGCUGCUCUCAGCGGUUUUCAUAGGAAGUAUUUCUUCAGUAGGUGAAGUUCAAGUGUUGAGUAACAGAGACAUCCUUUUUCUGAGAAUGUUGCUGUUGAAUUUUUCGUAACAGUUUAUAUUUUUUUGUUUAGUUUGUUUUUCCUGUGGAAUCUUCACGAUAAAAUCUACCUGCUAUUUGGCCAGAUUAAUGUUUGUAAUGUGAAGCAGUAGGUGCAUGAUAAUUAAAUUCAGCUCUGUUGUGGCUGUAGGACAGCAAACAGUGAGGCUGAGGUCAGUGAGUUAAACUUACAGCCACAACUCAAUUAUGGAUUCAGCCAUUACUACUGAAAACUAUUAUGUAAAGAGGUAAUGACAGCAUGUAAAUGCACCGAAUUACUGUCUUUUCAAAGUAUUCAUCACAAAAACAGGAUUUGAUUUCAUUAAAAUAUAAAGAUUUAUAACUUCAAAAGUAAUUUUUCAAUGCUAUGAACAACAGAAAUGAAAUCCCAUUUUCUUGAGGUGGAGGCAGUACUCUGAGAGACAGAUAACUAUUUUGUGAUAUUGCAAUAAAACUAUUAGCACGAAGAAAUGCAACCGGAUGCUAAAUAUGUUGUCAGAGCAACGCAUGGGAGAUCACCUUCUCUAAAAUAAUACUAUAAAUGCCUUCAUCGUCUUUUUUAUUUAUCUUUGCACCUGAAACCUUUUAGUUAGAGGUGACAUUCCUUAAUCUUUUUAUCAGUCAGCUGAGUGUCAAACUCGGCUCUUUUAUAUCUGAAAGUUAUUCAUUCCAUGCACAUUUCACCUUAACGCGAGAGGUUUUUAGACGGAUUAUGAUGCUGCAGCUGUCAACAUUCCUUCAUCAUCAUCAUCAUCAGUGUCAUUGUCCAUGCUUCUCUGCUCCUGGCCUCCUUCAAAGUUGAUUCUCAUCACUUCCAUGUUUUGUUCAUUUCAGUUCAUGAAACUCAGUAGGCCUACAAACAUACUGUAUCCUUGUCAGGGUAACUGAAAACAAAAAAAGUUCUCAUACACUGCGUACAGUCGCUGCUAAACCCACAAUGUCUUUCUGUCUAAAGUUCUAUUUCAUAACCUGUAAGCAAGAUACGACAUGUAAAUCAGACGGCGCUGUGGAUUUGUUGGAGGAUGGAUUGUGUUCUGUCCUUGUGGAGCUUGGCUAGCAGUUUCCCCCUGCUUCCAGUCUUUGUGCUAAGCUAGGCUCAACAUGUCCUAUUUUAUUCCUUUUUUCUUUUUCUUUUCAAACUUGUGGCUGUUCCUUUAACAUUGGUUGAAAAUGAGCAGGUCAUUGUGAUGUCAUGAGGUACUGUGGAGGUCAAAGGUUGCCCUGCGGCAGCAGCAGGUUUUGGUAAGUUGCCAUGGUGACAGUGUUGAUGAUGAUGAUGAUGAUGAUGAUUAUGAAGGGAGGGGCUUAGAGAGCGCGCAGCGCAGCCUGAAUUUUAGCGGUGUUAACGCGUUAGCUUCACGCUGUCUGAUGACAAAUCUGUGUGCAAUAAUUUGAACAUACAGCAUAUUCUGAUUACGAAUAUUAUUGUCAACAAUUCAAAUCACUGCUAACAUUUCAGAUGUGAUCACCACUUGAUCAGCACAAACUGUCUACCUGCACGUUGAACACACAUUAAUCUGAAACUUGAUGGUUUUAAUGGGAGAAACUCAAGAUUUUCCUUCUCUUCACAAAGAUUCCACAGGACUGACUCGCUGAACAAUUGAUUACCACUCGUUGAAAAUCCGUUUUUAUUAUUAUUUUCAGCAUUAAGGCCUGUGUUUGUUUGUGUAUUGUUUGUGUCGUCACUCAGAGGUUUCCAGAUGCACAGUCAGUUACGGAAGACUGGAACAUUUCUAGCUGAGGUGAAACAAACCACUUCUUUUUUUGGGAAUUUUCAAUGAUUCUGAAACUUCCACACAGACUCACACUAGAUAUUUUUUGAUAUUAUCCACUGAAAGCUGAACUUUGUGCAUGGACGUCCGUUCUUGAUCAUUGGGAGGAAUUUUAAAGAGAAUUGGACUCAAAAGGUCCAUUGACUUAAACAAUCGGGAGUCAUAAUCAGGAGUGGGUGUUGGCUCAGGAAAUCAAAUAUUGAUUGGACCUUUGAUCUUUGAUUCUCUUGAUCGUUUAUUGAAUGUGUUUUCUAGGAAAAACUUUUUUUUUAAUUUGUCAUAUUUCUCCCAUCACAAACUCUGCUCUGCUGGACAAACACUCACUGUGAGGCUCUUCAUGCUUCUUUUUUUGUUUUCUUUUUUCACCGAUUCUUCACACACACACACACACACACACACACACUUCUAAUUUCACUCUACUGUUUUGACUGUUGGUGUCUAUUAAUUUCUAUCGAUGCCUAUUUCUGUUGUCGCCUAUUAAUAUCGAUGUGUAUUUUGUACCGUUGUCUUGUCAGUGGGAUGCAGGGAGGGAUCACUGUAGAGAUGAGAAUAAUAAAGAUGUAUUUAUUUUCAGUA